AUGCGGCGCGUCGCGACGAUAAACCUCGCGCAAGAUCACUCAGAGUACAGCAAUGAUAACAAGGACGUGCGCGGCGGUGGGAUCUGCGCGCCGUCUGACGUCAAAGAGAUGGACGAGACCGAGUUCCUGAACGGCUGCCGCCUCCUUCACGCAGUCGCCCGCAACGACACGAGCGCCGUGCGCGCACUUCUCGCCUCGGGCUGCAGCGUCAACUUUCGCGACUACGACCGGCGGACCGCGCUGCACGUGGCGCACGCAGCGCUCGCCCGCGAGCUCGUCCUCUCCGGCGCGCGCGCGCACCGGCUCGACCGGUGGGGAGGCACGUGCCUGGACGACGCUCUCCGCCACCGGCACGCGCUGAUCGCGGAGUGGCUGCGCACCGAGGUCGGCAUGAAGGUGACCGGCCCGUCCGACCCGGUCGGCAAGGGAGACCUCGCUGAGGUUCGCACGCUCGUCGAGUCGGACGGCAUCGACGUCGACCGCGCCGCCUUCGACGGGCGGACGGCCCUCCACCUCGCCGCCUCGGAGGGGCGGGCCGAGGUGGAAGGGGUGGCCGAGGGCCGGUGA